AUGAGCGAUUCCAUGAAGGAAGUCGUCGAGACGCUCGACCCCGUCUCGAGACGGCUCAUUCCUGCAAAUAUUCAUUCGGGAACUCUGGUGCCUCUUAAAACUACUCUUGAGUUACGGGAUAACCUUACUCUCGGCCUAGCUUACAUUACCCGGGCCCCAAAUCGCUAUACCAAUGAUGUUGUGACGAUUGCACGAGCCCUGGCCGGUGACGAUGCGGCUAAGAACCUUCCUCACUUGCGCCGGUGCUCCAAGCCUGUCGAUCUCCCUCCUCAUCUCAAAUCACAGUUCAUGAACGAGGGCAGUGGAAGAGCAGUCCAUACGGGGAAAUCCAACUGGCUGUACAUCUUGCUUGGCGCAAAAGAUGAGCUGCCUUAUGACGAACUCCUGAGAGGUCUUGCCUCUGUUGAUGGCAUUAGAGAUGACAUCUUCAUCGGCAUCAUUCCGGUUCCUCUACUGGCUCCGACAUCACAAGUCCAAGCCAAUUUGUGGUCGCAGCAGUUUUGGCAAACUGUAUACAGAAAGAACAACCCCCUUGGCCCUCAUCCGAGUAAUAUUUGUCGAACUACCUCCGUUGUUUCCCGCGACGCAUCUGUGUGGAUGACCUUGGCGCAUCAGGUGGCGAGAAAAUCCCGUGAUGACGGGCUUGGAGAGCCUAUUGGUGCAGUUAUCAUCAAACGUACUGUCCCUGGAAAAUUUGAUGCUACCAAAAACACUUCAGGACAAGAACCAGAAGAUAAAGAAACUACCCAGAUUGUCGCCCUCGCGGGAGACGCUCGCUGGUAUCAACAGGAGAAAACUGGCCGUACUGGAAAUCCCAUGGGGCAUGCAGCUCUUCGGGCCAUUAGCAUGGUGGCACAGAAACUAGUUAGAACCGAGAACAGAACCGAAAACAAACCAGCCAUUAUGGAAUUUGAGGCAUUCCAGGAUGGCCCUUUACUUGAUGAUGAGCAAGUCGUUUUUGAGGCUGAACAUCCGUGUCCUGAUGGAUACCUCUGCCACGACCUCGAGCUUUAUCUCACGCAUGAGCCUUGCGUCAUGUGCGCCAUGGCCAUCUUGCACUCACGCAUGGGCCGCAUCGUAUUCCGUCAUCGCAUGCCACUUACCGGUGGCAUGAGCUCGGAGGAUCGUGGCUACGAUGCUUGUGGUAAUUCUCUCGCGUGUGAGAAUGCCCCGUGCGGAGGUGGCCGCGGGCUUGGGCUGCACUGGCGCAAGGAGUUGAACUGGAGUAUGCUAGGAUGGGAGUGGGAGACGGACACGGUUGAACGGCUCGUUGUUGAUCCUCAUCUGCAUGCAUGA